UCCUUCCAGCAAUGGUAAAGCCCUCUUUGUUCAGUUAGGCGGCAUUGAACAGGUUUGCGCUUUCGUAAGUUUUUUCCCUAAAGUUCAAACAAAUCGAGAUAUUUGCGAUUUAUCUAUGGGUUGACAGAAAAUACACUAAACUCCGUCGACAUGAAACAUCACGUUGUGUUUUGGAUAUCUGUUUACGUUUCAAUGCUUUAUUCCGUUCAUGGUUCACCAGAUACUGUCGCAGAUAUUUCAACGGCGAAUUCAUCGUAUCUUCAGAAUUCCAAUGAUUCAUUUUUUGAAUCAGUAGCACAAACUGUUAGACAAGAACAAAAUAAUUAUACGCAGAGUUCAAAUGUAACUACAGAAACUGUUUCAAUCAUCAUUCCAGAUGAAGCCGAAUGUACAAACUGGGAUGAUUGCUCCAGUAGUAGGCCAAGUACAAAUUUUCCUUCUGUAACAUCAUCAACAGGUAAACAAAACCUUUUCACUGCCAUUACGUGGGCUUCUAAACAUCACAACAAUGUUUCGGAUGGAAAGAAGCUCACUGAGAUCGAUGACUAUAAUAGCACUAGUCUUCUUGAUUUUAAUUCAAAUGCAUUAAUGAACUUUUCCAACUCUAAUUUAUCAUUAUCGCACAACUCAUCCGGCAUUGAUUACGAAACUAUUUUGUCUCAUGAUAAUGAACUAGAUUCGGAAAUAAGAAAUGUUGACAACAGUUUUAAGAUUGCUAACAGCUUUGCUUUCCUUGAUCUAAACAGUUCAGAUACAUCUUUUGAAACAACUCCUUCCACUAGAAAUGUUUCAGAUUCUUUAAUUUUCCGAACUUCAUUUGGAGAUAAUUUAACAACUGUCCAGUCUUUUAGUACUUCAGAAAAAAAUAAAUUCACUAUUCCAGACGAAUCAGUUGUAAAUGAGGUUAAAUAUUAUGAAACUGCUAGUGAAUUGGGGCAGAAUAUUUCAUCCACUCGAGUACCGUGGAGUACGAAUGCGUCAUUGUUUCUAAACAAAAUUCAAAAUACCACCAUGGAUGCUGUGACUCCCAAACCAGAACUCGCAUAUGUUGCAUUCACUACAACUAAAGAUUUACUGUACCCUGAAGUAAAAGACAAUGAAAUAAAAGCCACAAAUUAUCUCUCUUUAUUGCAUAGUGAACCGAUAAAUGAAACUGAAACUUCAGUGACAGAAACUUCUCCUACUACACCUGAUACAUCUUAUGGAUCUGUAACUGCCGAAAUGAAUAAAAAAAUACCUAGAAUAACCUCUACAACAGCCACUCCAGAAAUUGUUGAAACUAGUCCAUUAACUGUAGAUCGGAUUGUGACAACAUCAAAACAGAUUAUGGAAACUUAUGAUACUGUUCAAGAUAUUUUUACGAGCAUUGGUAUUGGGUUGGAAACCUAUACUGGAACAUCCUCUACAAGUGAAGAGUAUCUAGAUACGAUGACUAACCCAGCAAGCAUACCUUUAGCUUCCAGCUCACAUGAUGUGUUUCAUAACAAUCUCAUUAACUUUCAAAAUGCUAAUAUCUCUAAUAAUAAUAUGUUAGCAAAUGUGUCCUCUGAUGAUUUUGUAGAUCACUCAUCAUCUGUCACCAAUAUAAGCACUGCAGCUUUAUAUAACAGUCAUGAUCAACUUUCCUAUCAAAAUUUGAAAUCUACAGUAACACUUCUAGAAUCAAGUAAUCCAGAGCUUGAGGAUUCUAAAGAGCAGUCAAUAAAUGUCAUAUUACAAGAAAAUUUUACAUCAGCAGAUUCAUUACAUGAUAGUUUUCCUACCAGUUCUGGUGAAAACACAGAACUUCCAAUUAACGUCUCAACUACACUUCCUUUUUUAAUUACUUUUAGGAAUGUGCCUUUUUUCACUUCUGAAAGUGUACCAGAUAAUACAGUUGAGCAGAAUUCGUUGUCAUCUUCAACUUCAGGCAUAAGCUCAACAGAAUUCAAUGCACAGACAACUGUAGGUUCAACAGAUUCAUCAGCAAUCUAUGAUUCCAUUUCAGAUCAUAAGGAUGACAUAUUUGUAACAACUGAAAACGGAAAUGUUUUUUCUUCUACAAAUGUCGAGCAGCAAUCAGAUUCGAAUACUGAAAAGUAUAGUGAAUCGUUACAGACGACAGAAAGCUCUCAUUUCUCAACAAUGCUUGAUUUAAGUCAUUGGAGUGAACGAUAUGAAACACCUGGUGAAGACAAUAUUAUUUUUACAGCAACAGAUAAUUCUGAGCACCAUUUUUCAACAUCUUCAAAUACUAUUGAACUUGAAGAGACAAUAAAACCAUCUGAAAAUUCCACAGAGUUUACAGCAGUGGUUACCUGUGCUCCAGAUAAGAAUACGGUAUCUGAAGAAACUGGAGAAAAUACAUCUACAACAAUAAAGAUAUUUAGCACUCCUACUACUACUGCUACUGAAAUCUACAAGGAAAGCAAAAGCUUGGGCAAUGUUUUAACUGCUGUAACUUCAUCUAAUGGAACAAUUCCUUCCUCUACUGUUAAGCCAAUGCAAACAUUUGACGAUAUCACAUACUCUACAACUGCUGAAACUCACAGAGAAGGCAAACACAUUGAUUUUAGCUCUACUAGAACGAAAAACAAUGCAGUGAGUUCUACGGUUACCAUAAUGCCCUCCAUAAUAUCAACCGAGCUUCAGUCAACAAAAGGGAUAAUUGAGUUACUUUAUAGUCAGAUUAAAAUAGAAGACCUUAGUCAAACAGAAAACGACAAUAUGAUUACUGCAGUUAUCUAUCUUCCUCGCCAGGAUUAUAGCGAAGAAGAAAUUGAAAUGAAGUUUAUCAUAUUUAAUCGCUGGCUCCUGCAAAUUAUGACAGAAACUUUCAAGAAUAUUUCUUUGAAUUCAUCAGAUAUAUCCAAUGAUCAUCUAUUAGACAGAAUUGAAAACAUUCCUCAAAUACUUUACAUAUUUCCAACUUCCAAAAUGAAAUUUACGAACAUCACAUUUACAUUUGUGAUCCGUUAUCCUUGGAAGAAUGGAACACUUCCGUAUGGUCUUCUGCUACCCAUACUGAAGUUAUAUUGUACUAAUUUAAAAGAACUAAUGAAUGCCACUGCUGCAGAUUUCUUUCAUGCAAUUCCAGAAGAAAAUCUUGAUUUUCUGUCUGUUGUCAUGGAAAAAUACGGAACCCUUGUUUUCAUAAUUUGUAUCACUACAGUUGGAACUGUAAUUCUUCUUCUGUGUAUCAUAGUAUAUCACAGAAGGAAAACUCGACAGUCUGCUCAUUAUCUCACAAAUAAUAAAUUACACCACAAUAUACAAGAAGCAGUGGGUAUUGAUCUCAAUCCUGCAGUCCUUAUUUUGCAAGAUGAAGUAAGAGAAAAAUCAGCAUUGAAUGGAAAUAAGAUCUGCAGUCUAGAAGAUGACGAAGGUUGGCUGGCCCCUUAUGGAGAUGUGCCUAUCGCUGAAGAUAUUCAGGCUCCUGUUGUCCAAGACACUAAACUCUAACACAAGAAACAUUUCCCACUUUGGUUAGCCAAAUUCAAAAACUCUUGAAUGCCAAAAGUAGAUUGUUCUGUGUAGUGGAAUGUACAUAUUUUGUGGAAACUGUUUGUAUCAUGUACUAAAUUUUUCUUGCCAAACGAUUUUCUGUUUUUCUUAAAGGUAAAUGUAAUUACUCAAUAUUUGUAUAAUUGUUAAUAAAAAACUUAAAAAAUCAUUGAAGAAAAAUAUAGAGGGAAAAUA